GAAAGAGUAAUAACUUUUAGCGUUGGAAUUGCGUACGCUGUGCUGCAUUGCGGUGAAAGCAGCAGUUCCGAAUCACCCUCUCUCUGAGUCUCUCUCUGUCGCGUAAGGAGCUUGGCAUGGAAACGGAGGACAUAAUAGCAGAAGAGCUGCAAAACGUAGAGGCUGAAAUCCAAGGCGUCCAAGACCAAAUUAAGAUAUUGCUUGACCAACAAGAGAGUUUAUAUGAAAGGCAAUCUGAACUGCAAGCUUUACUUGAAGCAUCUAAAGAUUCAUCAUAUCCUGUUAAAGGUGCUUCAAAUGCUGAGGAAAACUGGUCUGGGAUAUUUGAGUGGGAUUCUCGAGCUAAUGAUGUUAGGUUCAAUUUAUUUGGCAUAUCCACAUAUCGUGCAAAUCAGCGAGAGAUUAUCAAUGCUGUGAUGAGUGGAAGAGAUGUUUUAGUGAUUAUGGCUGCGGGUGGUGGCAAGAGCCUCUGUUACCAGCUUCCAGCAAUUCUUCGUGAUGGAGUUGCUCUUGUUGUCAGUCCUUUGCUUUCAUUGAUUCAGGACCAGGUGAUGGGUUUGUCAGCUUUAGGCAUUCCAGCUCAUAUGUUGACAUCAACUACUAAUAAGGAGGAGGAGAAGUCAAUAUACAAGUCCCUCGAAAAGGGGGAGGGAGAUUUGAAAAUAUUGUACGUGACACCAGAAAAGAUAUCAAAGAGUAAGAGGUUUAUGUCAAAACUUGAAAAGUGCCAUAACGCUGGUCGUCUAUCUCUCAUUUCUAUUGACGAGGCACAUUGCUGCAGCCAGUGGGGUCAUGAUUUUCGACCUGACUACAAAAGUCUUGGUAUCCUCAAGACUCAGUUUCCCAAUGUUCCUGUGAUUGCUCUGACUGCCACUGCUACCCAGAAAGUGCAAAGUGAUCUGAUGGAGAUGCUUCACAUUCCUAGAUGUGUAAAAUUUGUCAGCACAGUCAACAGGCCAAAUCUAUUUUAUAUGGUACGAGAGAAGUCUUCAGUUGGCAAGGUGGUGGUUGAUGAAAUUGCAGAAUUUAUUCAUCACUCUUAUUCAGAUCAUGAAUCUGGCAUAGUGUAUUGCUUUUCUCGAAAGGAAUGUGAACAGGUUGCAAAGGAGCUGCGUGAGAAAGGAAUAUCAGCUCAUCAUUAUCAUGCAGACAUGGAUGCAAAUGCUCGUGAAAAUGUUCAUAAGCGGUGGAGCAAUGGAAAGCUACAAGUCAUCGUAGGCACUGUAGCAUUUGGCAUGGGAAUCAACAAACCAGAUGUCAGGUUUGUCAUCCAUCACAGCCUAAGUAAAUCAAUGGAAACAUACUACCAGGAAAGUGGCCGAGCUGGACGAGAUGGACUCCCUUCUCAAUGCCUACUGUAUUUUAGACCCGGUGAUGUUCCUAGACAGAGUUCAAUGGUCUUCUAUGAAAAUUCUGGAUUGCAGAACCUUUAUGACAUAGUACGAUAUUGUCAGUCAAAAAGACAAUGCCGCCGUAGUUCGUUUUUCCGCCAUUUUGCUGAGCCAUUACAGGACUGCAAUGGGAUGUGUGACAACUGUGCAUUUUCCAAUGAGGUUAAAGAGCUGGAUGUGUCACGUCAUGCAAAGGUUAUUAUUUCUUUGCUGCAAGAUGUACAAGAAAAUGAUCAAAGAUUGACUGUGCUGCAAUUAGUUGAUAAAAUCAAAAUAAAGCACAAGGAACUAGGUUGUGAGCUGAACAGAGAGGAAAUAGAGAAGCUUGUCAUACAGCUUAUAUUAGAUCGAUUUUUGAAAGAAGAAUUUCAGCAUACAGCUUAUGCCACAAAUGCAUAUGUAACAAUAGGACCCUUGGCAAAGCAAGUAUUGCAAGGUAAGAGAAACAUAAAGCUUGAAAUGACUAGCGGACAAAAGAAAGUAGCUGGUAUGAGAUCAGUUAAACACAGUCGUGCUUCCUCUACUCUGGAAUUGAAGCUUGGCGAGCUGAGGAAGGAACUAUCUUCAGUUCAUGGAGGAAUAUUUCCACAUUCUGUUCUGUCUACUCAACAAAUCAGCUUGAUAAGUGCCCAGAAGCCAAAUUCAAUGGAACUGUUGGAGAAUAUAAUUGGAAAAGUGAAGACGGAGAAAUACGGAAGUAGAAUCCUUGAACAAGUGACAAAGUAUGCUGAUUCGGCGCAGCCUGAUGAGGUUAAAGAAGAAGAAGAAAAUGAAAACAGAGCCUCAAAAAGGCUAAAGAGCAAAAAGCAACUUAUCCUUGUUGAGAGUAGUGAUGAUGAAUCAUGAUAGGAUCAGUUCUAACUCUCUUUUGUUUGACUUCCCACAACAUAGACACUAUCUGGGUAUGGAGCUCGUUUGAGUGCAUAAUAUGCUGGAGAUGGAAAAUUAUGUUUCUUAUCAGUUUUCAUUGUAAAAGGGAAAAACGGUAAAUGUACUAAAAGACAAGCCAAUUAUGGCUCUGUCCUCGAAAUCAGAAAAAUUACGCAAUGAGCUGAGUUUUUACAAUUUA